CCAGUCUGCAGCCACGAUGUUUUCGCCGAGAGGAGGAGGAGGAGAGGGGUUUGUGUUUUUGGUGGCGCACGCUGCGUCCCCUCGUGGAUCGUGGACAUUUCGCAGCCCGGUGGUGUUUUAGGUGCUCUGGAUGUCAGGGAGCACCGUGCAUGGCUUUCACUGACCUGCAUGUUCUGCUGUGCAUCCCUAACGGGGAAAUGUGGGUCGGAAGCUGCAGCUGAGGUUCACCUUGCGCUGUGAUGACUGAUUUUUACUCCCCACGUUUUAUUAACAUAUCACCUAAUUAUUGGCUGCACGUAUUUUCCUAGCUCUCCGUUUUGUAUUUCGGAUUUUUUUAAAAAAAAUUUUCACCGUAAUUUCCGCGAUCUGAGCAUGCUUUUGUAGUUCCCGUGGCCAGCAUCUCCCAACCUGACUCAGAAACAACCAUCCGGGAUCUCUGCGCGGUCGAGAUGGAUGGCUGGAGCCGGGCAGCCGCGGUGGAGGACGGUGCGGUGAAUUUCACAGCAGCCCACCUCUGGCUGGAUCUCCUGAACGCAUCGGGCCGGUGGGACAGCAGCAGCAGCAGCAGCAGCAGUCCGCCUGCAGACGGAACCGGGCAGCAGGAGCAGCAGGAGCAGCAGGAGCGCCUGGUCCGGGAGCAAGCCUACCGGGACUUCACCACCACCGUCCAGGUUCUCAUCCUGAUCGGGUCGCUGCUCGGCAAUGCGACCGUGCUGUGGUGCACCUGUUGCACGAGUGUCUUUAAAUCGGUUACCAAACGAUUCAUCAAGAACCUGGCGUGCUCCGGCAUCUGCGCCGGACUCGUGUGCAUCCCCUUCGACGUGGCGCUGGGGGCCAGUCCCCGCUGCUGCCUGUGGCUCCACACUCUGCUGCUCUGCAAGGUCGUCAAAUUCCUGCAUAAACUGUUCUGCUCCGUCACUGUGCUCAGCUUCAGCGCCAUCGCACUCGACAGGUACUACUCAGUUCUGUACCCGCUGGAGAGGAAAAUCUCCGAUUCCAGAUCUCGAGACUUGGUCAUCUACAUCUGGGUCCAUGCAAUCGUGGCCAGCCUCCCUGUGUUUGCCGUGACCAACGUUACCGACGUCUACGUCACCUCAUCCUGCUCAGAUGACCACGCCCGCUCGCUUGGUCACGUGGUCUUCGUUUUGAUCUACAACGUCACCACGGUGAUCUUCCCCCUGGCCCUGGUCUUCCUGUUCAUGCUGCUGAUCCGCAGAGCUCUCAGUGCCAGCCAGAAGAAGAAGGUGAUCAUCGCAGCGCUGCGGACCCCGCAGAACAGCAUCUCCAUCCCCUACGUGUCGCAGAGAGAGGCGGAGCUUCACGCCACCCUGCUGGCCGCCGUGCUGGCUUUCUCAGCCUGCAGCGCCCCCUACGGAGCCUUGGUGGUUUACCGCACUGUUUUUGCAGACACUAGAGAGUUACCCGUCUCACUUUAUCUCACAGCCCUUUGGCUCCCCAAGGUUUCUCUUCUUACCAACCCUGUCCUGCUCCUGACGGUUAACCGCUCGGCCCGCCACAGCUGCAUGGACCUGCUGUUCAGGAUUCACCGGCGUUACAGCCGGCGAAACGCAGUCACCACUGGGAGAUUGGCGUCUAUUGCGGGCGAGGGGCCAGCUGGGGAGCCUGUGGGCCUUGAUACAGCUGGUCGCUCUGGGAGCCAGCUUCUGGAGAUGUUUAACAUUGGCCAACAGCAAAUCUUUAGACCUUCUGAAGAGGAGGAAGACGAGGAGGAUGCGAAGAAUGAGAUUCCUUCUGAAGCAUCAGGAGGCCACUCGGAAAACCAGAAGGAUGGGUCAAGGCUGGGAAGCUCAAAGGGUGAAGUGAACACACCAAAGGACCCAGUUGGAGGGGUGAUCGUCACUAAAGAAGCUUCAGCUAAAGCGGCUCAGGCCUCUCCCGUUCACGCAUGCGCAUACACUUCCUCGUCGCAGGUGGCGCCCGCUACGCCCACAGAAGCGGAGGACUCUCCACAGUUUGGUUUCGGACCUUUUGAGCUGCCGCCUCAGUGGCUUCCUGAGACCAGAAACAGCAAGAAGAGGCUGCUGCCUCCGCUGGGUAACACGCCAGAGGAGCUGAUCCAGACCAAACUGCCCAGGCAGCGAUCCGAGCGACGGAUCAGCAGGAACAAGGUCAGCACGAUUCCCGUCGUGGAUCCGUGAACUGAGUCUGCACCACUGGACACAACCCAAUGCAGGCGUUUAACAAUGAUGGCUUCAUGUGGUUGGCUUGAACUCUAGUUUUUUUCUUUACUCGAACUCAGACUUUCCAGUUUACUAAACCAGAGGCACUGUGGAGGAAAAACGGUUUGAUAUGACUUAUUUGUAACCUUUUAGUCAAGUUGACACUUUCACCACAGCUUUGACUGUUCCUGUUUAUAAUUAUAGAACAUAAUAAAACGUUUGAGAAGACGGAUGCCUUUGCAGAAAUACUCACAGCACUUGAGCUUUUGAAUGUUUUUUCACAUUACAAUCACAAACUUGACUUUAUUUUACUUUUUUAAUGUAUCUGACACUAAGGAAGUACUUAAUUAUUAAGUGGAAUAAAAAUGAUGCUUGUUUUUCUGUCAUCUUAGGCCAUCCUACUAUACAAAAUUCACAUUUUGCACAUUUUUGUUCUUUGAGUUUUUAUUGCUUCUGGUUUUUGGCAAUAAGUAAACAUUUUUUGGUGUCUGGAAAGUGAGCAGUUUUCAAGCUUUGCCACAAAUUCCAAGUUGGACUUUAACUACGCCAUUGUAACGCUUUAAGCUUCUCCCUGCUGGAAGACGGCGCCGAAUCAAGUGGAAAGUUGUGUCUUGGUAUGUUUAUGUUGCCAUACUGCUUCCAUUCUUGGAUGACGGAGUGGAACAUCUGAGAUGUUGACAGACCCCUGAUGGGAUUUUAUUUAAAGCCAUUCAUCAUUUUCUUAUGUCAUGAGUUACUUUAUGUUUGCCUUUCACAUAAAAAAACAAAAACAAUAAAAUCCUUUGAAGAUUGUGGUUGUAACAGGAAAAAAUGUCCAAAAGUUCAAGAGGUGUGAGCAAGUUUGCAAGCUACUGCAUUGGCUGUCUGUAAUAAAAAACAAGAAAUCCAGUCGUAAUGAUGGCUAUGCUAAACAUUUAGCAUACAUUUCCACAAGCUAUUCCAAUAAAGACUCUCAGUUUUGUCAAAAACGCUCCUGCUUUGACAGAUUGAUGAGAUUCUUCUCUAUUUCUGAAAUCAUCUCAAACCUUUUAUAACAAUUUGUCUUUUCAGUUUUCGCUGAAAUAUUUGAAAUCUGUAUUCUGAUUUCUACUCUGUGUUUUCUGCAGGUUCCUGAUUGAAAGUGUCCCUGUCUCUACUAAUAGUUUACACAUUAUUAUUGUUCAUUCUUUUACUGUAUGUGAGUUUCAUAUGCUGAAAAGUGCAGAUGUGGAUUAUGCAAAUACAGGUUUUAAAUGA